AAACAAAAAAUAUUUUAGAGUUGCAACAUUGUGGUAGUGUGCUCCGAUGUGAUAAGGUUUUGAUGCAGAAAACAGUCACUGUGAUGUUCUAAUCUUCUGUUAAGUUUCGUAUACACCUUAUCAUGGUUAGUUCGUCCUGCAGUUUUCAGUUAACUGAACCGGUCCCUACUAGAGCACCUUGUAAAGUGGUUUCCUGUAUAUAUCCACAUACAUCUGUUUACAGAAUGCAGGGUUAGCUUCCGACAUCCAACCAUAAAUACCCGUUCAUCCCAUCUACUCAAAGUGAGAGCCCAAUAUGAUAAAUAUGCAUCUGAUCUCGCGCAGACGCCCUGAGUCAGAUCCGUGUAUCCAGCUGCUUUGCCUAGUAUCAACCCCAUUGGUCCACUCUGCACUCUGCAACUCUAUAAUCUAUUAUUUAUUUUUCUCAGUCAACUGAUGCUCUCUAUCUCUCUGAUCUCUCUUCUGAGAUCACCUCAUGUUUGACCUUGCAAAGUAGACGUCCAAGGGUACAGAUUACAGAGGCAUGAAGUUUCGCAGAGGUAAGAGCUCCAGCAAGGUCAAGGUGGGCUCCUCUGCUGCAUUGCAGAAUGGAGAGAAGAAGGUUGAUGGAGGAGGAGCUGGUUCCAAUAGCAGGCAGGUCGCGCCGGAGACCCACUUUGCGAGAAUCGAUUAUGGUAGCAGCAGAGAUGAAACAUUCUUUGAAGCCUGUACUUGGUUAGAAUCUGAUUGUGAAGAUGAUUUCUACAGUGUCAAUGGAGAUCUGACCCCUGCAAGAUCAUUCACAUCUCAACACAGCAAGGCCACGCCAUCUGGGCCUCCCAAUCUGCCUACACUGGGUGCCAUCCUGAGGGCUGAGUCCCUGAAGCCGCCCACCCCGCAGAGGACGCUUGCCGACCUCCUGCGGGAGACGGAAGACGAUGGAGAUAGCACCGUCGGGGGCCCCGAUGACCUUUCCCGGACCGACUCUUUGCGCCUCGCCGAGGAGGCAAACCGGUGCUGUAUGCCGCAAUUCGCACGGGCCAUCAGUUGAAAUGGUAGGGGGAGGAGGAACCUAUAGAAUGGCAACUGCAGUGGAAGAUGGCAUGGCUAAUCUUGGUCUGUUACAUUUGGGAUUUUGGAGUCUAUAUUGCAAUGGAAAUUCAAAUUAGAAUUUGAACGAAGCUAUGAAACAGAUACAUGAAGUUCAACUGUUCAUGGGCCAACCAGCCAGGAUGCAUCGUUGAGUUGA